GAGUGCACAACACGCGCUUUUACAUGAGAGUGGGACUCACGUGAACUAAUCUAUUUCCCCCAAAUCUGAAGACUUUCCUUUUAUUUUUUACUCUCUUCUUCUUCAGCUUCGGACAAAUCUCAAAUCACGGAGAUUUCAAUUUCCCACACAAGAAAAAAUAACCCUCAAUCAAAAAUCUCAAUCAGAUCUCUGAUGAUGGAUCCAACAGGAUCACCAAGAACAUCGAAUGGCUCUUCUUUAUCUCCUCCAAGAUCGUACCUUAUCUUUAUGCGAAUCAUGAGCAAGAGACGGACAUGGGUUUGUCUCUUUGUAGCUGUCUACGCGAUUCUCUUGGCUUCCUCAUGGAACUUUCUCACAUCUGUACUUAGCUGGUACAAGCUCCAGUACACGUCAUCGCCGUCUCCGUCAAGAUUACCGGCGGUUUACGCGUCUGUGGUGUUAGGAGCUGUGUUUGGAGCCAUGUCGAUGGUUGCGGCGGCUGCGGUUGCGGUUCCGGCGGUUAUGGUGAUUUGGAUAUCGGUGGUUGUGUUGCUUGCGUUUUUUGGGAAAUCGAGAAGGGUAUUGGUUGUUGAAGCUCGUAAGAUUACAAGAGAAGUGUUUGGAUUUGUGUUUAAGGUUCUUUUGAAAGAAGGCAAUGUUGUUGCUGCGGUUUGUGCUGUUUUGGGUUAUUUCAUUCUUAUUAGAAAGGAUUUUGAUUCGAUUUAGGGCUUUUGAUUUUGGGAUAUUUUCUUCCUCUUUUUUUUUGGAUUAGGGGUUUUUCUUUCUUUCUGGAAAUUUGACGAUUAUAUUGAAGAAACUCUUUUCUUGUUGCUUCUUGUUUAACUUAUUGCUAAUGUAGCAAUGUAUAUGUACAAUUUAUAAACGAAGAUGUUCUUG